ACGAAACAUGUAACCCUAUUUUCCUAGGUUCCUUUACGUUUCGAUUCCUUGUCUAUUUCGGAUGCUUCUAUGGCGUCGUCUUCAUCAUUUCCUAUAUCAGAAAGAACAGCCAUAUAAGUGAAGUGUACAACCAAUAACUGCUUCAAUUAGUAACCGCAUUAGGUCCUAGGUAGGCCAGGCCCACUCAUUAAAACUCUCAAAACGAAGGUUGUCUUAAUCUCCACGCAAAACAACACGCCCCUCCUUCUGAAGACCUUCUACUCCACCCCACGAAAAUAUGUAUACACAUACAUAUACAUGUACAUGUAUAUCUGGGUCCUUGUCUUCUGUAAUUAUGAUGAUUAGCGUGCUAAUUCUGGCACUGUUUAUGUCAAGAAUCGAAGCAUCGACACGAGAGAUUUCGUUACCAUUUUCGUUUGGAUCUCGGUCCAUUCUGCGGUCAGUCAACGAUGCUAAGAAAAAUGGAGCUGAAAAGCCAGACUACGCUGUGGAUUUAAACGCCACGAUUUUCGAUUCUGUGCUUAAGGAGACCCCCACCACUUAUGCCAUUGUUGAAUUUUUUGCCCACUGGUGCCCGGCUUGCAGAAACUACAAGCCACAUUAUGAGAAGGUUGCAAGGCUUUUUAAUGGAGCAGAGGCUGUCUAUCCAGGAAUCAUAUUGAUGGCCCGAGUAGAUUGUGCCUCGAAGAUAAAUACCAAUCUCUGUGAUAAGUUCUCUGUUGGACACUAUCCUAUGCUUCUUUGGGGCCCACCUUCUAAGUUUGUAUCUGGGAGUUGGGAUCCAAAGCAAGAAAAUAACGAAAUACGUUCUAUUGAUGAUGGACGGACUGCUGAUCGCUUACUAAACUGGAUAAAUAAGCAAAUGGGCAGCUCAUAUGGCUUAGAUGACGAAAAAUAUGAGAAUGAGCAUCUUAACACAAAUAUUUCUGACCCUGGACAGAUUGCGCGUGCUGUAUAUGAUGUUGAGGAAGCUACAUUCACUUCAUUUGAUAUUAUUUUAGGGCAAAAGAUGAUUAAAUUGGAGACCCGCGCAUCACUUACGAAAUUUCUUCAGCUUUUGGUGGUCCAUCACCCAUCAAGAAGGUGCCGGAAGGGAACUGCAGAAAUACUUGUAGAUUUUGAUGAUUUGUUAGCUAACAAGAAGGAAGUUGCCGGUCUUAGCCAAAAAGGUGUACUUGGGAAUUAUCAGAUUUGUGGAAAAGAAAUUCCUCGUGGAUAUUGGAUGUUUUGUCGUGGCAGCAAGAACGAGACUAGAGGUUUUAGUUGUGGGUUGUGGGUUUUAUUGCCCUCACUUUCUGUGAGAGUUGAUGACGGAGAAAGUCACAUGGCAUUCACUGCUGUAUGUGAUUUUAUUCACAGUUUCUUUAUCUGUGAAGAAUGCCGGCAACACUUCUAUGACAUGUGCUCAAGUGUUUCUACCCCUUUCAAGAAAUCUCGUGAAUUUGUCCUCUGGUUAUGGAAUGCACACAACAAAGUUAAUGAGAGACUAAUGAAGGAAGAGGCAUCCCUUGGAACCGGUGAUCCUAAAUUUCCAAAAGUUAUCUGGCCUCCUAAACAGCUUUGCCCUUCUUGCUAUCGUAGUCAAAACUCGAAAGAUAAUCAUAUCGAUUGGGAUCAUGAUGAGGUUUUUAAGUUCUUGAACAACUAUUAUGGGAAGAUGUUGAUCUCUCUGUACGAGGAUAGGGAACAUCUCAGGGAUGGACAGAUGGGUGGAGUUGUGGUAGAAGAUUUAGCAGUUUCGACAAAUGCUGUUGUGGUGCCUGUGGGAGCAGCAUUGGCAAUUGCUGUUGCAAGCUGUGCAUUCGGAGCGCUCGCCUGCUACUGGAGGCAGCAACAGAAGAGUCGGAAGUAUAAAUACCAUCUACACUCCUUAAAAAAUAUAUGACUGUAGAGGGGCCAAGAAGAAGCUGGAACUGAACUUGUUAACAGGAGACAUCUGUGUGAGUAUGAGCAUCAGUUAAAAGAAAUGCCCUGUACUGGAAACAAGUUGAAAGCCUGGAGAGAAUUAUUUUCAAUAUACAUUUCUUCUGGGGGGGGG